AGAUGGCGCCCUGCCAAAUACGAAGUACGAAUGAAAACUGAAAGGCAGGGUAAAAGGGUGAAUUACCAACCAGUUACUUGAAAUAUGGAAGGCAAUUUGAGGCACAAUGCACGAACGGAAGAUAUAAUUAUGACAUGGUGUACAGCCGCCCUUCGUCGCUGCCAGUGCCCACAGUCUGGCACCGCUUCACCGCCCGCGGCGUCACGCUGAGGGUGCAGGACCUCACCCAGCAGCAGGUGGAGCCAGCGGUGCGGCUGCUGCUCCAGCACUUCACUGCUGACGAGCCGCCGUGCAAGUAUAUAGAAAUCAACAAGCACCCGGGAGCUGUGGCCGAGCUCGAGAAGCUGUGGAGGAACACCAUCAAAGACCAGCUGUCCCUGGUGUGUGUGGAGGACGUCGACGAGCCGAAGGAGAUUGUUGGCGUUAAUGUUCUCACCGUCUGCUCUAGAAGUGAUGAAGAAGAAGAGUUUAAGACGGAGAACAGGAUCUGGGCGAAGCUGUUCGGUGCAGUGGAGCUGGUGGGGAAGAGCGUUGACAUAUUCGCGCGUUUCGGCGUCCAACGCUACCUCACAGCGUACGGGCUGGUGGUAGCACCACCGUGGAGAGGCUGCGGCAUCGGAGGCGAGAUCCUGCGGGCACGGAUACCGCUGUGCAAAGCUCUUGGCAUCAAAGUGACGGCCACCGUGUUCACGGCGGCGGCGUCCCAGGCGGUGGCCAAGAAGGCGGGCUUCCACGACCUGUUCCAGAUCUCAUAUGAGGAGCUGGCUCAACGCGGCUUCCGAUUCCCAGGAGUUGAAGAGAACACUAAAUAUUCAAAGCUCAUGGCAUUAGAGAUCAUCUAAAUUAUUUAUUAUUUAGAUGAUUUCUAUUUCUAAAUAUUAUAAAGCUGAAGAGUUUGUUUAUUUGAUUGAACGCGCUUAUCUCAGGUACUACUGGUCCGAUUUGAAAAAUUCUUUCAGUGUUAGAUA